UCUGUUUUAACAGUUCACUUCUUAACACUGUUCACUUCUUGUUCAGCUCCCCACACACACUGACAACGUGAGAUCUGUCUGAUCUCAUGUUGUAAGUACACUGUCUUUCAAUGAACAAAAAAAUAUUUUGAUCUCAUUUUGGAAACUUGUAAAAUUUUCAUAUAUAUUAUAUAAACAUCAAAAAGAAUGGGUGGAUCUUUGAUAAGUUCAAGGGCAUUUGAUUGGUAUACAGGACAGAUGAUAAUUAUAGCUCUUUUGGUAAUGGUGGGUUCUUUUUAUACUGGUACACUUUUUGGCAAAAACUCAUCUCUCUAUGCCACUCAAGAACAACAACAACAGCAGCAAGAAAGUCUUAGUGUUGAUUCCAAUGGCAGUACUUCAGAGUUAUCCAAUGGUAUUCUGAAGUUCACGAACAAGAUUGCUCUUUCUUAUCGGGUGGUACCUCUCACGAUCCCUGAAACCGUGAUAAAUGUAUGUCCUCUGAAAUUUAAUGAGUAUAUCCCAUGUCAUGACAUUUCUUACGUUGAAGAGUUGAUGCCAAAUUUAGAUCUUUCAAGGAAAGAAGAGCUAGAGAGGCAUUGCCCUCCACUUGACAGGCGCUUGUUUUGUUUGGUUGCACCUCCAGUUGAUUAUAAGAUACCAAUAAGGUGGCCAACUAGCAGGGAUUAUGUGUGGCGGAGUAAUAUAAACCAUACACGUCUUGCGGAGGUAAAAGGAGGACAAAAUUGGGUACAUGAGAAGGAUCAACUUUGGUGGUUUCCAGGCGGCGGAACUCAUUUUAAGCACGGAGCUACGGAAUAUAUUGAGAGGUUAGGAAAUAUGACUACUAACGAGACAGGUGACCUACGUGCAGCAGGGGUAUAUCAAGUGCUCGAUGUUGGUUGUGGGGUUGCUAGUCUCUCUGCUUAUCUUCUUCCACUUAAUAUAGAAACACUGUCUUUUGCUCCUAAAGAUGGUCAUGAAAAUCAAAUUCAAUUUGCUUUGGAAUGAGGAAUCGGUGCUAUGAUAUCUGCUAUAGCUACGAAGCAGCUACCAUAUCCAAGUAACUCUUUUGACAUGGUCCAUUGUUCGAGAUGUCGAGUUGAUUGGCAUGAGAAUGAUGGUAUUCUACUCAAAGAACUGCAUCGCAUAUUAAGACCAAAUGGAUAUUUUAUCUAUUCAGCUCCUCCUGCCUAUAGAAAGGAUAAGGAUUUUCCGGAGAUAUGGGACAAAUUAGUAAAGCUGACUUCCAGAAUGUGCUGGAAGCUUACGGCACAGAAAGUUCAGACAGCUAUAUGGGUUAAGCAAGAAAAUAAUUCAUGUCUUCAGCAUAAUGCUCAGGAGAAACUUGUAAACUUAUGUGAUUCCGAGGAUGAUUUGAAGCCAUCGUGGAAAACACCUCUGAGGAACUGUGUUACACUUAGUGACGCUUCAUCUUCUUUGAAGAAACUACCUCCUCGACCACAGCGUCUUUCAGAGUAUUCACAAAGCCUCAGUCGGAUAGGUAUAGAUCGUGAAAAGUUCUUGGCAGAUACAAUCUAUUGGCAAGAUCAAGUUCGUCAUUACUGGCGAUUGAUGAAUAUUGAGGAGAAAGAAAUACGUAAUGUAAUGGACAUGAGCGCUUUCCUUGGUGGAUUUGCUGUUGGUUUAAGUACAUGGCCUGUCUGGGUGAUGAAUGUAGUUCCUGUAACCAUGAAUAACACCCUGUCUGCCGUUUAUGGCCGGGGUCUUACAGGCGUUUUUCACGACUGGUGUGAGCCAUUCUCCACAUAUCCCCGCACUUACGAUUUGUUGCAUGCCAAUCAUGUUCUUUCUCACUAUAAAAAUCGUGACGAAGGUUGUUUAACUGAAGAUAUCAUGCUGGAGAUGGACCGUGUUCUACGACCUCAGGGAUUCAUCAUUAUCCGAGAUGAAGAGCCCAUCAUAUCGAGAAUACAAGCUCUUGCUCCGAAGUUUCUCUGGGAUGUCCAGCUACAUUUGCUAGAGAACCACGAGAAAAAAACGGAGCUGGUCUUAUUUUGCAGGAAAAGGUUUUGGGCUAUUGUCUGAGCUCAUGACUCACCUUAAAUCGACUGAAUGCCACACGGAGGUAGAAGUGAACUUCUUUUCCCGGAGUAGAAGCAAUGACGGUAUCUAAGGAAGAAGCAUAUCCACUAUAUCUGUGUAACUUAUUCGCGGAUAGGUAAAUUCAUUUGUGUUUCAUAGUUAAUGUUUUCGUUUUUAUCAGUUUGCAGGAAAGCUAACAUGUAGUUCUUAAACUUGUAAUUGUUGUAUACAUGAAAGAACAAACACACUACUGUAACAUAAAGAACUGAGUUUUGCCAUAUAGCUCUUCAUUUUUCUCUUGUUCUUUAA